AUGUCUCUCUGGGGCAACUUCUACGACCCGGACCCGAGCUUCACCCCGCUCUUCCGGCUCUUGGACGAGUUCGACAACUACACGCGUGAGUCCCGUGGCAACAGCAAUGGGCGCUCUCGCAAUCGCGGUCGCCAACAGGUCAGCGUCUUCCACCCCAGGUUCGAUAUCAAGGAGACGGAGACGGCCUACGAGCUCCACGGCGAGCUGCCCGGCAUCGAGCGUGACAAGAUCAACAUCGAGUUCACCGACCCUCAAACCCUGGUGAUCCGCGGCCGCACUGAGCGAUCCUACAGCUCCGGUACCUUUCCGGCAGCCUUCGUCGAGAACAGCAACCAGCCGGCUGGGGUCAUCACGGAAAAGGGCGAGAAGCACGCCAACGAGUCCAACAACAACAACGACGACGCAGAGCAGUCCAACAACAACGGCGCCGGAGGGAAGGCCAACAAGGCGCCAUUUGAGAAGUACUGGGUCCAGGAGCGCUCCGUUGGCGAGUUCGCCCGCACGUUCAACUUCCCCAGCCGCAUCGACCAGGACGCUGUCUCGGCCAGUCUCAACAAUGGCAUCCUGAGCCUCAUCGUUCCCAAGGCCAAGAAGCACGAGGCGCGCCGCAUUGCCAUCAACUAA